CCUUUUUUUUUUUUUCCUUCGAUAUUUCUCACACUCCAUCUUCGCGUCGAAGCUGCGAGAUCUCGAAGAAGAUCGAGCUCGAUCUCGAAGAAGAUCGGCGUAGAUCAUGCUUCCGAUUUCUCUUUCUAAGCUUCGAUUCAUCGGUUCCCCCCUAGAUUCCAUUCGCGAUUGUGGCGAUCCGAGGUUCUGCUCACUCUUAUAAACCCUAGGGUUCGAUCUCUUCAGUAGUUGGGGCUUGCUGCUGGAGCGGAGCUUUUGGAUUCGUACAUGUGCUAGAUGAGUAGAAGGAGGUAGGGGGGCGCUUCGAGAAUCGAGAUCGAGGCAUCUCUUUGUCGCCAUGGAGGACGUCUCCAAGUACGCCCACAGCCCCGCCCACCUCGCGGUGGCGCGGGGCGACCACGCGGCGCUGCGCCGCGUGGUGGCGGCGCUCCCCCGGCUCCCGCGCGCCGGCGAGGUCACCACCGAGGAGGAGUCGCUCCGCGGGGAGCGGAUCGCCGACGAGGUCUCCGCCGCCAUCGACCGGCGCGACGUCCCCCGCCGCGAGACCCCGCUCCAGCUCGCGGUGCGCCUCCGCGACCCCGUCGCCGCCGAGAUCCUGAUGGCGGCGGGCGCCGACUGGUCCUUGCAGAACGAGAGCGGGUGGUCGGCGCUCCAGGAGGCGGUGUGCGCCCGCGAGGACGCGAUCGCGAUGAUCAUCGCGCGCCACUACCAGCCCCUCGCCUGGGCCAAGUGGUGCCGCCGCCUCCCCCGCAUCGUCUCCUCCAUCGCCCGCAUCCGCGACUUCUACAUGGAGAUCUCCUUCCACUUCGACAGCUCCGUCAUCCCCUUCAUCAGCCGCAUCGCCCCCUCCGACACCUACCGCAUCUGGAAGCGCGGCGCCAACCUCCGCGCCGACAUGACCCUCGCCGGAUUCGACGGAUUCCGGAUCCAGCGAUCCGACCAGACCUUCCUCUUCCUCGGCGACGGCAUGUCGGCCGAGGAGGCCGGCCGGCCUGUUUCCCCCGGAUCCCUCAUUGUCCUCGCCCAUAAGGAGAAGGAGAUCACAAACGCGCUCGAAGGAGCCGGCGAGCCUCCGACGGAGGCCGAGGUGGGGCACGAGGUCGCGCUGAUGUCGCGCACUAACAUGUAUCGUCCGGGAAUCGACGUCACCCAGGCCGAGCUCGUGCCUCACUUGAAUUGGCGGAGGCAGGUGAUCGCCGAGACGGUCGGCAAUUGGAAGGCUCAGGUGUACGACAUGCUUCACGUGAUGGUGAGCGUGAAGUCGAGAAGGGUUCCCGGUGCGAUGACUGACGAGGAGCUCUUCGCAGGGGAGACCGAGGAGAGGCCGGUCAAUGACGGCGAAAUCGACGGCGAGUUGGAUGAUAUCUUGACUUCCGAGGAGAAGCAGCAGCUGCAGUCGGCGCUGAGUAUGGGGAGCCCGGAGCGUUCAGAGGAAUGCGAUGCUCCAGAAGCUACUAAUAACAGUAAAGAGAGGAAGGGGUGGUUCGGUUGGGCGAGUAAGAGGACGUCCAAGAACGGCAUGGAUGAUACGAAUCACAAGAGUGAGAAUCGAAAGGAUGAUUUAGGGGAUACUAAAAAGGAGAAGGAGAAGGAGAAGGAGAAGGAGAAGGAGAAGGGGAGUAAGAAGAAGAAGAGCGGAGAAUCCGAAAAGCACGAGAGCGUGUACAAGAAAGGUUUGAGGCCUGUGUUGUGGCUGACACCGGAUUUCCCUUUAAAGACGGAGGAGCUUAUUCCUUUGCUUGAUGUGCUGGCGAACAAAGUGAAGGCUGUGAGGAGGCUGAGGGAGCUUUUAACGACCAAGCUACCUCUGGGAACAUUCCCCGUGAAGAUAGCCAUCCCUAUUGUCCCAACAAUCAGGGUCCUCGUUACCUUCACGAAAUUCGAAGAGCUCCAACCAACUGACGAGUUUGCCACUCCGCCUUCGAGUCCGACCAAUUUCGAGGAAAGCAAAUCCAAGGAAACAGAUUCGUCGGGCUCAUGGUAUUCAUGGGUUAGAGGAAGCCGGGCCCCACAGUCUAAUGGGGACAGCAUCGGUGGCCGAAGCUUUAAGGAAGAUGUUGACCCCUUUUAUAUACCUUCUGACUAUACUUGGGUCGACGCCAACGAGAAGAAGCGCCGAAUGAAGGCCAAGAAAGCCAAGGGCAAGAAGAGCGGCACUAGUAAGAAGCACUCGUCCAAAAGCUCGUCGGGUCAGCAAUUGGUGGAUGGUUUUGAGGAUUAAAUGGCGAUAUGGUUUUGAUUUCUGUCGACACGGUAUUUAAUAUCUAUGGAGUGAUUCCUCUCCUCUUGAGUUUCAUUGAAUGAUUAUGUGCCGUUCAGUUUAUCUGUAAUUCUUUCUUUUUUUUUUAAUCUUUUAUCUUUGAUGUUUGCUUGAAGAUAUCAGUUGUUGCAGAUUCUCAGUUUGAGGGUUCUCUUUUUCCACUACUGUAUUAAUACAAUGCUUUGUCCGGAAGGAGGCCAAAUGUGAUAUGUGCAGGAGAGGUUAGCUGCUGCUGCUAGUGAUCUAUUCGUCUUCUAAUCCUUGGCUGUUGAUGGGAACCGAUAUUGUUGCAUAAUUUUUGUUUGAUUAAAUGUUUCAAAAUCUUGUAUCGACUUACCUCUUAGCGUCAGCAAAAACUGCAAAUUGUUCAAUUUGUGAAAUGCUCCAUUAGACGGUGCUGUUGUUGUAGACCCACAGGGGGCACUGAUUUAAUCAUCUGAAUUGCUUUGCUGUAUAAGCUUUUGUACAGUUUUGUGCUUGUUGAAGUCGGCUUUUAAAAUGACUGUUUCUGGGGUUUCA